CGCGGAGGCCUGAGCCACAGUGCACCUGAGACCUUCACUCAACUCUCAAUAUGAAGACAGUAGCUCUGGUGCUCUCGGUGGCGGUGGUGGCGUGGGCGGCUCCUCAGGACAGCUACAACUACCAGGCGCCGGCCGUGCAACAGCCUCAGUACCCCGACGCUCCCGCCCUGUACAACUUCCAGUGGGACAUCAACGACGAUUACUCAGGCAACUUUUACGGUCACCAGGAGCAGAGAGACGGAGACAACACCCAGGGCAGUUACUACGUGAGGCUGCCUGACACUCGCCUCAUGAAGGUUCAGUACUAUGUCGAUGACAACGGCUUCCACCCUAUUGUUACCUUCGAGGGUGAGGCCCAGUACCCCAGCGCCCCUUCUAGGGUCUACUCACAGCCCGCACCAGCCCCCCAACAGACGUACCAGCAACCAGCCCCCCAGCAGACGUACCAGCAACCAGCCCCCCAGCAGACGUACCAGCAGCCCGGACCAACUCCCUCACAAUUCUACUCUCAGCCAGGAAAAUAACUUUCGUAAAUGGCACUUCAGGUUCAAUACUGUUGUCUCGUUGUCUCGUGUUAUGUGUUGUGUGUCAACUACGUCUAAUGUUUAGUGACAAAUAAGAAUGGUGCGUCGGGAAUAAUUUCUGGCACCAUUAUAUUUGUAGAUCUAUAUUCUGUAUACAUACGAGUACUUUUAUAUAAAUAUAUUUUUAUACGAAGAUUUUGAAAGUUUUAAUAAAAUAAUGCAAAAUA